AUGGUUGCUCCUGCUUAUCAUCAAGACACCUUCGUUGAUCAUGAAUUAUCCACAAAUUUAGAUUCAACUUUUGCAUUUGAAGGUCCUGAAAAAUUAUUAGAAAUUUGGUUUUGGAAAUCAGAGAAUGAUUUACCAUCAAAUUUAAAAGAAGGAUUAAGAUCUAUUGAUUUAAAAUCUUGGGUCAAGAUUUUGGAUUUAGUUAAUUGUAAAAUUUUAUCAAUGAAGAGUUCAAAAUUUAUGGACGCUUAUUUAUUGAGUGAAUCUUCAUUAUUUAUUUUCCCACAUAAAUUAAUUUUAAAAACUUGUGGUACAACAACCACAUUAGCUUGUUUGGAUAAAUUAUUUCAAACUGUUUCUAAAGCUUUGGGAUUCCCAAUGUUAAGUAAAGAAAUUUAUAAAAUUUUUUAUUCAAGAAGAUCAUUCAUGUUUCCGGAGAAACAAAUUCAUGUUCAUAAAGAUUGGAAAAAUGAAGUAUCUUUAUUGAAUGAGUACUUCAUUUGUGGUAAAUCUUAUGUUGUUGGUAAUUUCGCAAGUGAUGAUCAUUGGUAUCUUUACUUUGGUGGUAAAGAAGAGGAUAAUCAUUUUGGUUGUAAACAUCAUCAAAGUUCAAUUGAUCAAACAUUUGAAGUUUUAAUGACUGAAUUAAAUCCAGAAUGUGCAAAUAAAUUUAUUUAUUCAAGAAAACCAGGUCAACAAUCUGAAGAUGAAAAUACUGAUUUAGGACAUGAAUUAGGUAUGGAAACUAUGAUUGAAACUGAAUUAGAUUCUGUUUUUGAACCAACUAAUUUAAAUACUCAUUUACCUUCACCAUCAUUAUCUGAAUCAUCAGAAGGAGAGUCAGAUAUAGAAAUCGAUGAAAAAGAAGUGGGAGGUAAAAAUUCUGGAUCACAAUCUACCACUACAGAUUUUGAAUUUAUUCAUGACGCAUUUGCAUUUACUCCAUGUGGUUAUUCAUCAAAUUCAAUUUGUUCAAAUGUCAAAGGUGGGUUUUAUUAUACUUUACAUAUUACCCCAGAAUCAGGUUGGAGUUAUGCAUCAUUUGAAACAAAUUUUCCAUUUAAUGAUUCAAUUUCAAUUAUGACUGUAUUAAAAAGAAUUUUAAAAAUUUUUGAUCCAAAAAAAUUUUCAAUGACUUUGAUAAAUGAAAAGAUCUUGAAAAAUUCUACAUCAUUAAAUAACAAUUUAAUUGAAUCUGAUGAUAAUGAAAUUUUUAAUUUAUUAGGUUAUAAGAAAAAUGAAAAAAUCAUUUAUGAUUUGAAAAAUGAAUAUAAUUUAUUAUACAUGAAUUUUGAAAAGAAAUGUUAA